AUGAUUAUUUGUAAUCUCGACAAAAAUUACAAUCAUAAGGAAAAUAUAUACAGCAAAGAGAUUCGCAAUAACGAAACAGUUUCUAAAAAUGUUCCUAAACUAAUAAAUCGAUUUCCAUCUUCACGUAGUGAUUCUAAGCCUGUGGACCAUGAUCUAGUUUUCCCUAUAACUGAAAUAUCUCAAAUGCUACAGGCAGGCGAAGAGGAAUCGGCAGUAUCUCGGGAAGUUCCAGUGUUUUUGGCAGCUGCCGAAGAAUAUUUAGCCUUCCAACUUAUUGAGGCAGCCGACAAAAUUGCGCAAGAAAGGAAACAUACAGCAAUAGAAGAAGAAGAUAUAAUCACAGCAAUUCAUAGAAAUACUGAAUUCAAAAAUGUACUAAAAACACGUUUGGAGUAA